AUGGCCAAGGGAAAGCUUUACGGAAAGAAGGACAACUUCAGAACUCAGAAGGUUCUCAUUGCUGCCAAGCUCGGAAAGUCUGACGUCCAAUUGGCCGGAGAGACCGCCCCAGCUGAUAAGUUCCCUCUUGGAGUUACUCCAGCUUACGAGGGAGAAGCCCUUCUCUUCGGAGCUGAAUCAGUCGCCCUUCACGUUUCCGGAGAAUCUGGCAAAAAUCUCGCCGAGAUCGUCCAAUGGCUCCAAUGGGCCGAGGCUUCUCUUUUGCCAAAUGUUUUAGGAUACGUACUUCCAUCUGUCUCUGCUGCCAAGCUUGAGGCUUCCGUUGUUGCUUCCUACAAGAAUGAGCUCUUCGCUCAACUCUCCAUCUUCAACGACAUCCUUCUCUCCAAGACUUUCUUGGUCGGAAACAGACUCUCUCUUGCUGACGUCUCUGUCGCUUUAGAUCUCCUCCCAGCUUUCCAACACGUUCUUGAUGAGGGAGCUCGCAAGAAGUUCGGAAAUGUUCUCCGUUGGUUCAACACUAUUGUAAAUCAACCAGCUGUUAAUGAGGUUGUCGGAAAUGUUGUUUUCGCCAGCAAGGUUGCUCAAUUCACCGAGGCUGAAUUCACCAAGUUCGCUGCCAAGCUCUCCACUGUAGCCGGAGAAAAAAACGAGUGUAAGGUUGUUGAGAAUGCUCAACCCAUAGAAACGGGUACAACAGUAAAUGUAACCGAUUCUUCCACAGGGAAGAAAAAGAAGAAAAAUAAGAAGAAGAACGAGAAGAAGGAAACUAAGAAGGCUGAACCCAAGGCUGCUGCUCCUAAGCCAGAAGCUGAUGAAGAUGAUGUCCCAGCCCCUAAGGAAUCUAAGGAUCCUUUCGCCGAGAUGCCAAAGGGAACCUUCAACCUUGACGCAUUCAAGCGUUGUUACUCUAAUGAAGAUACCGCCACUAAGGCCAUCCCACACUUCUGGGAGAACUUCGAUGCCGAGAACAACUCUAUCUGGUACUGCGAGUACAAGUUCCCAACAGAGUUGACCCUCGCUUUCAUGAGCUGCAACUUGAUCUCAGGAAUGUACCAACGUCUCGAGAAGUUGAAGAAGAACGCUUUCGCUUCUAUGAUUUUGUUCGGAACUGACAAUAACUCUUCUAUCUCUGGAGUCUGGACAUGGAAAGGACAAGAGCUUGCCUUCCCACUUUGCGAUGACUGGCAGAUUGAUUACGAAUCAUACGAGUGGAAGAAGCUUGACCCCAAGGACGAAAAGACAAAGAAGCUCGUUAACGAGUACCUUCUCUGGGAGGGAGACUUCGAUGGAAAGAAGUUCAACCAAGGCAAAAUCUUCAAGUAA